AUGCGCCGCCUCGCAAUCGCCGGGGUGGUAACAACAGUCGCCGCCUGGUACAUCACGCGCCGUCGCCGCCGGCGCCGCAAGCUGCCGCGGCUGCGCACGGCGAUUCCCGGCCCGAAAUCGCAAGCGCUGAUCACGCGCCUCGCGUCGCACGAGUGCCCGGCGAUCACGGCGCGGCGCGCGCGGCGCGCGGACGCGCUCGGCGCGGCCGCGACGGACCCCAUCGUCUGGGCCUCCGCGUCCGGCGCGAUCGUCGUCGACGCGGACGGCAACGAGUUCCUCGACGUCACGAGCGGCUUCGGCGUCGCGAACCUGGGCCACGCGGCGCCCGCGGUCGUCGCCGCGGCGCGGCGCAUGCUCGACCGGCCGCUGGUCCACGCCAUGGGCGACGCCUUCGCCGACGAAUCGCGCGUCGAGCUCCUCGAGGCGCUCGCGUCGUUCCUGCCCGGCUUGCCCAAGGGCAUCCUGGGCUGCUCGGGCGCCGACGCGGUCCAGGCGGCGAUCAAGACGGCGACGCUCGCGACGGGCCGCGCCGGCGUGCUCGCGUUCGGCGGCGGCUACCACGGCCUCGGCCACGGCGCGCUCGCGGCGACGGCCUACCACGCACCGUCGUUCCGCGCGCCCUUCGAGGCACAGCUCGGCGCGCACGUGACCUUUUCGGAGUUCGGAGGCGCCGUCCCGUCGCUCCGCGACGUCGGCUGCGUGAUCGUGGAGCCGAUCCAGGGCCGCGGCGGCAUCCGCGAGCCGCCGGCGGGCUGGCUCGAGGAGCUCCGCGCCAAGUGCGACGCCGAGGGCGCGCUGCUCGUCUACGACGAGGUCUACUCGGGCUUCGGGCGCACGGGCGCCUGGUUCGCCUUCGAGGCGCUCGGCGCGCCGCCGCCCGACCUCAUCUGCCUCGGCAAGGCCAUGGCGGGCGGCUUCCCCAUCUCCGUGUGCCUCGGCACGCGCGCGGCCAUGGACGCCUGGGGCGCGUCGCGCGGCGAGGCGCUCCACACGCAGACGUUCCUCGGCAACCCCCUCGGCUGCGCCAUGGCCCGCGCGAGCCUGCGGGAGCUCCGGCGCGUCGACGCGCCGGCGCUCGCGGAGCGACGCGGCGCCGAGCUCCGGGCGCUCCUCGCGGCGCGCGGCCUCGGGCCCGUGCGCGGCCGCGGGCUCAUGCUCGCCGUCGACGUGCCGGACCCGCUCCGCGCGAUGGCCGGCCUCCUGCGCCGCGGCGUCCUCGCGCUCCCCGUCGGCGAGGGCGCGGACUUCGCCCUCGGGCUCGUGCCGCCGCUCACGAUCGACAGCGACCAGCUCGCGUUCGUCGCCGACGCGCUCGCCGCGGAGUUCCCCCGCGAGGCCGGGCCCGCGCGCGAGCUCGCCGUCCCGGAGGAGGACGAGGUCGCGGGGCGGUAA